ACCAUUUUUCUCUAGUUUAAGGUGUGGGAGAAUUUCACACCCUUCCUUUUCUCUUCAUAAGGAAAUGCAGCCUCAGAGUGAUUCCAUAUUCGAGGCGGUUCAAAGAAUUCUGAACCAUAAGCUGAGGUUAGUCCCAGACCUGGAAUGGCCAAAUAUCAAGGUGAAGUUCAGAGUCUGAAACUGGACGAUGAUUCAGUCAUAGAAGGAGUAAGUGACCAAGUACUUGUGGCGGUUGUGGUCAGUUUCGCUUUGAUUGCUACCCUGGUAUAUGCGCUUUUCAGAAAUGCACAUCAAAACAUUCACCCGGAAAACCAAGAGCUAGUAAGGGUGCUUCGGGAGCAACUUCAAACAGAUCAGGAUGCACCUGCUGCUGCCCGACACCAGUUCUACACCGACAUGUACUGUCCGAUCUGUUUACAUCAAGCCUCCCUGCCUGUCGAAACCAACUGUGGACAUCUUUUUUGCGGCACCUGCAUUGUUGCGUACUGGCGAUACGGCUCAUGGCUUGGGGCGAUCAGUUGUCCGAUCUGUAGACAAACGGUAACUUUACUGCUGACAGUAUUUAGUGAAAACGACCAGUCUCAAGAUGUUGUAUCAUUGCACCAAGACAUUAAUGAUUAUAACCGGAGAUUCUCAGGCCAGCCCAGAUCUAUUAUGGAAAGAAUCAUGGACCUGCCCACGUUACUGAGGCAUGCGUUCAGGGAGAUGUUUUCAGUCGGGGGCCUUUUCUGGAUGUUCCGUAUCAGGAUAAUACUUUGUUUAAUGGGAGCGUUUUUCUACCUUAUAUCACCUCUAGACUUCGUACCUGAAGCCUUGUUUGGAAUCCUGGGCUUUCUCGAUGAUUUCUUUGUCAUCUUUCUGUUGCUCAUCUACAUCUCUAUUAUGUAUCGAGAAGUCAUAACACAGAGACUAAACAGAUGAACAAAAAAACGAGUUGACAAAAAUUGGGGGCUAACGUGUAAAACCAGACAGAAGGACCACAGCCGUGUAAAGCAUUUGAAUAUCAUCUUCCAAGCCUCAAACCACUGUAUGCCAAACAUGUGAUUAUCAUCUGGCAAAUGCCUAGCAAUAGAUGACUGGAAUUUGUACAUGCUGCAGGUUCUAAUAUUAAGGUUAGAAUUAUCCUGAUUACAACUGUAUCUUGAUCUGUGUUGUCUGUAAAGUCUGUGGGAAAAUGUGAAAUAAAAUGGGAUGCUUAUAUUUUCUUCCCCCUCGCCAAAUUACUCAGAUUAAUUGGAUGUAUAGUAAGAUAUUGUCAAAUGUACAGUUUAUGCUUCUCAGUGAGUACCCAUGUGAUCAUCUGUUGCUCUGAGACUCACCUAAAUAUUUUUAUUACAAUAAAAUAUUGUACAAUAUUGGGGGGGGGAAUCAGUGUUUCUUUUAGGACUAGCUAAGUUUUGUGCAUUUGGAGCAGUUCUGCUUUUCCAUUCUGAAAAAAUCACUUGUUAUCGGCUGAAAGCGGAAGAAGAAACUUGAACUCUGUCAUCUGAUUUCAUAUUCUGGUUCACAGAACAUCUCUUAAUCAAUAGAAUUAACAAGAUUUAAGACAUUUGCUCCAGUCAGCAUACUUGCCGUUCUCAGUUAUGACAUUUCAGUAAGAGCUGGGUCCUUUUCUAGGAAUCGUUUAUGAAAGUAACUUGUAAAGGGACUUUUUUUUUCAGGAACCGGGGUGAUACUGCAGGCACAUCGUAGUUUGGUGCAUUCCUGAGAAAAUUGUUUCUUUGUGGCUGUGAGCAUCAGAGACCCGAGGAGGGUACUAGGAACACUAUUUAAAUUUGGCAAGAAAUUACUGGUGAACUACAGCAAUCGAAUAGACAAACUGGGUUAGUCGUCUCUUGUCAGAAAAAUUCUGUAAUACUGUCCCUAGACGGCAGGACGUAGCCCAGCUUUAUCAGGCCUUGCACUGAAUGAGAUAUUCAGGGGGAAAGUUAUCUGAGUGUUUGGAAGACUGCAGCACAAGCUACCUAACGCUCUCUCUGCAGUCUUCUGUUUGAGCAGAAUCAAAACCACCAGUAUUAUGAAAUUGUAACCCCCCUCAGCUGGCACAGCCUGCCAGGGAACUGGACGUGGUGGUCACUGAUCCCCAGGGGACAGUCAGUGUCAGCCCUGCCGCCUGCAGUCACUGCUAGUCCUCCUGUCCAUUCCUGCAUCCGUGAGCCUCACUGUGGUCAGAGGGGGAGAAAACACUGAUCUGUCACAGUUUUUCCAAGUUAAUCAGACUAGCCAUCAACUCCUGAGACGCUGAAUGAAGUAUCAGUAAAAGGGUCUUCUAAUUUGGACCGCAGCCAAAGCUGCUGCUUGUCACAGAGAAAAACAGAAUUCUUAAGUGGAGCACAUUGUAAUUAAAGCAGUUGCUUGCAUACGUUUCAUUUCAUCCUCAAAGACAGUUCUGUGAAAAAGGCAGAGCAUGGGCUUCCGUUUCAUAGGUAAAAUCCCUGUUAAACGUGAAAGGUUUUUUCUGGUCUGAAGCCACGCACAAGUAAGUGAUGGCUGUGAGGCUCCCAGGAGGACUCCUACACGAGGAGACGCUGUGGUCCCCAGAGCCUUGUGGGACACACACUGUACUAGGACAUCUUAAGUGCUUCUAGGAGGAAAGGUCUAGAAAGACAACAGAGCAAGGCUCCACGCACCUUGCUUCUACACUUUCAAAUCCAAUCUCUAGUAGGGUGGCAUACUUCAUGGAAAAGCGUUUCAGCUGCAGUCACUAACUGGAGAAGCUGAGUAGUUGGUUACAGCACCAUUUACCAGGUUAGAAAUGCAUUUCCUGCCAAUUACAAAUUUGCUGUGGGGCUAAAGCAAUGUCACUUUGAAAGGGUUUAAUUUUCUGUGCAUGUGUUCUGCUUCAAGUGUCACAUUUCUACUUACAAUACUUUUACUGUAAUAUCUGGAAUUCCUGGUCGAAGUGUAACGUACCAACUUUUGUAACAUACAAAAACACCGUAUGACGUCUUGCUAAACUGAAGAGGGAACAUGCUGGCUUCUCAUAAUUUUAGACCUGCUCACUACGUCAUCUUUAUGGAUCACUGAUAAUACAUGAACUAGGGGUCUGAGAGAGUAUUUAAAGUAAGUAGAGUCAGUCAGUGUUUGAAACAUCACAGUAGAACUUGUAUGAUUCAGAGCUAGAUCCUAUCAAAUCAAAGCAACGAUUUGGAUUUUUGUAAACAACAACAUUGCAACUUUCACAAAAACAGAUGGUCCAGCCCCAGGAGCAGAUGAUAACUGGAGCAGCUCUGUGGGGAACGAGAACGGAGGAGAGACUUGUUGAAACUGCCCACUAGAACAGUGGUUCCAGAUCCUGCAAUUCUCAGCAUUUGACAGCAACACGGGAAGAAAGGACUGUCGGUCCCGGUGGCUGUGUAGACACCUACCUCACAGACUUGUUUCAGAGGACUGACACUUGUGUUCAAACUUCAUGAUUUAAGAGUUUGUCAAGCAGUUAUUCUCUGGAAUAAAAGCAAAUGGUUAAAAGUA